AUGGGUUACGUUCAUCCGACGUUGGUUCAGGAACAAUCGAUUCCUCUCAUUCUGAGUGGGAAGGAUGUAUUAAUUAAGGCUCGCACGGGUUCUGGAAAGACUGUUGCGUACGCAAUCCCCACCCUUCAAAAGUUGCUUUCCAUUACCAACACAACCGACGGAAUCAAAGCUGUCAUUUUAGUACCUUCCAAAGAGCUUUGCGUCCAAACCUACGAAUGCUUUCGGUCCUUGUCUCGCUACUGUAGUAACGUCAUCAAUGUCGUCUCUUUGCAUUUGAGCAGCGCGGAUCAGCAGAAGGGCUAUCUGAACGAAUACACGGAUGUUGUCAUUUCGACUCCCAAGAUGCUGUUGAAUCAUUUAAAACUGUACAGCGAUAACAUUCUUAAAAACAUCCACACUUUCAUAGUAGACGAGGCCGAUUUGUUGCUCUCGUAUGGGUAUAAGGAAGAUAUGAACAAGGUGGUGGAGCGAAUCCCUGCAACUUGCCAGAAUAUUAUUCUGUCGGCUACGCUGAAUGAAGAGGUUUCGCUGCUCAAGCAGAAGUUGCUGCAUAACUGUGUGACCGUGAAGUUGGAGGAGGAAAACACGAGUGAGAGGAAUGACUUGAAUGAGUUUUUCAUCGAGGUGUCUGAGGAAAAGAAGGCAUUGCUGCUCUAUGCGCUGCUUCGUUUGCAUAUUUUGAAAGGAAAAGUGAUUAUUUUUGUGGACUCGUUGAACUUUGGAUAUUUCUUGAGUAUUUUCUUGGAGCGAUUCUCUAUGAAGUCGGUGGUGUUGAAUAACGAGUUGCCUGCUUUGUCUCGCAAUAACAUCAUUCAUCAGUUCAAUCGAGGAAUGUACGAUUACUUGAUCGCCACAGAUGAGGGAUUGGCGCAGUCCAUUCCAGAAAACAGCGAGAAAGAGGAGAAUGGUGGAAACAGUGGAACCAAUGCGAAGGAAGACGCCGAGCUGUUGGGAGAUUCUGAAAACGAGAAGGAUGAAGAUUCUGAAAUUGAGAAGGACGUGGAUUCUGAAAUUGAGAAGGACGACAGUGACGACUUCGACCUGGAAGAUUCUUCUGAGCCCGAGAAGGAAACCGAAGAGACGCAAAACGACGAAUAUAACGUGAGUCGCGGAAUCGAUUUCGAGAACGUGGCCGCAGUCAUCAACUAUUCGAUGCCCGCCUCCGUUUCGCACUACGUUCACCGCAUCGGCCGAACGGCGCGAGCUGGAAACCUGGGUACGCCGCUCUCUUUCAUCGUGCCAACCUCGGACAAGGACCAACGUAUUCUGGCCGAGAUCCAGAAGUACAAUCCUCCGCGGGAUGGGCAUCCCGUUCCGCAGCGACUUCCGUUCGACAUCUCCCAGAUCGAGUCGUUCAGCUAUCGAGUGGAGGGCGUGAAGCGAGGUAUUACGCCGAACUUGAUUCGAAACACGAGAAUGAUGCAGUUGCGAAAAGAGGCGUUGAAUAGUUCAAAGCUGAAGAUGCAUUUUGAAGACAAUCCCCACGAAUUAGAGCUGCUGCAGCAUGGACUCUCAAAGCAAUUGGUUCGUCCGAUAGCGUAUUUGCGAGAUAUUCCUGAUUAUCUGAUUCCGGAUGCAUUGAAACCGAAAUCAAAUCCGGAGGAAGCGAAGCGCGGGCACGAGGAGGAUGAGAAGAAUAAGGAAUGGAAGCGAAAGCGAGUGGCGGAUCCUCUGCAUGUUGCGAUCAAAGGUCGUAAUAAUUUGUAG